CUCCAAGCAAGGAAGAGUCAAAACCUAUUCCCGUUCCGAACAAGAACCAGCUGGAGCCUAUUUAACUACUCCUUCUCCUUUCUUGCCGAAUUUAGCCGCAGGCUGCUCUUCGUAAUCCCUGUCCAGAACCAAUUCAUUCCUUAAUACUAUUAUUGUACUCCUCAAUUCCAGGCUUUUCUCCAAUGGCUGGAUCAAUCUGUGGCGUUAAGAGGGUGUGGGAAAAUCCCAAUUUUUCCGCUGCUGAUUUCUCUGAUCCGUGUAAGCACAAGAUGCAGAAGGUAUCAUCUGCAAGGUGCGAUUUUUCUGAGGAUCCCAAUCUUGUUAGUCUGGGUGAGAGCGAGUAUGAAGAAGUUUCUGGGAAAUCUGCUGUGGGAUCUGAUGAUGAUGAUGAUGGGUAUUCUAAAAAUCAAUUUGUUGGUGAAUUUGUUCUUGCGGAUCCAAAUCUUGGCAAAGAAGUUGAUGGGAUUUGGGAAGAGUCGGAUGAAGAAGAAAAGAGGGACUGUGAACCUUCAGAAGAGGCUAUAGUGAUAUCUUGUGAGGAUGAUGGCGAUGAUGAUGGGUAUUCUGAUCCAAAUGUUCGUAAAGAGGUUGAUGGAAUUUGGGAAGAGUCUGAUGAAGAAGAGAGGGACUGUGAACCUUCAGAAGAAGCAAUAGUGAUAUCUUGUGGUGAUGAUGGCGAUGAUGAUGGGUAUUCUAGAGAUCAAUUUGUUGGUAAAUAUGUUCUUGCUGAUCCAAAUCUUCAUAAGGAGGUUGAUGGAAUUUGGGAAGAGUCGGAUGGAGAAGAAGAGAGGGACUGUGAACUUUCAGAAGAAGCUAUUGCCAUAUCUUGUGAUGAUGAUGGGUAUUCUAGAGAUCAACUUGUUGGUAAAUUUGUUCUUGCUGAUUCAAAUCUUGGUAAACAAGUUGAUGGUAUUUGGGAAGAGUCAGAUGAAGAAGAAGAGAGUGACUAUGACCAUUCAGAAGAAGCUGUAGCGAUAUCUUAUGAUGAUGAUGGUGAUGAAUAUUCUACAGCAAAACAAGAAUUGUGGGGAACAGAGUCUUGUGGUGAUGAUGUUGUGUACUCUACAGCAAAUAUCUUGGCUGACAUUGUUGCUUCCAAACCCAAGGGACAAAUUUACGCAAAGCGCGAUUUUCCUGAUGGCUGUCGCCAAUCUGCUGCCAUUAAUCCUACAGUGGACUCGGACGACAACAAUGAGUAUCAUGAAGAAGAAGAAGAAGAAAUUGAGCAGGGGAUUAAUUGUGAUGAUUAUGAUGCUGUGUAUUCUACGGCUAAUCUCUUGGGUGACAUUGUUUCUGCCAAAUCCAAGAGACGUAUUUACGCAAAGCGCAAUUUUCCUGAUGGCUCUCACCAAUCUGCUACCAUUAAACCAACAUUGGACUUGGAUGACGACGAUGAAUACUAUGAAGAAUUGGAGUCUCAAGAAGAAGAAUCUGAAGAAGAAAUGGAGCAGGAAAUUGGUUUUGAUGAUGAUGAUGACGAUGCCGCUAAUCUCUUGGGUGACAUUGUUGCUGCCAAACCCAAGGGACGGAUUUACGCAAAGCGCAAUUUUCCAGAUGGCUGUCACCGAUCUGCUACCAUUAAACCUACAUUGGACUUGGAUGACGAUGAUGAAUAUUAUGAAGAAGAAGAAGAAGAAUCUGAAGAAGAAGAAUAUAAAGAAGAAAUUGAGCAGGGAAUUGGUCAAGAAGAAGAAUAUAAACCCAGAGGACGAAUUUACGCAAAGCGUGAUUUUCCUGAUGGCUGUCACCAAUCUGCUGCCAUUAAACCUGUUCUGGGCUCAGACGACAACGAUGAAUAUUAUAUGAAGAAAGAAGAAUUGGAGUGUCAAGAAGAAGAAUCUAAAGAAGAUUUUCCAGAGGGAUGUUAUCCAAUGUCCCAAAGCCAAUCUCUUACUAGUACUAUUUAAACAUUAUUACUAGUAGUUUUGUGUGGUUUGUUCUCAUUCACAAUUUGAUUUGAUUCUUUUCUUAAUGUUUUAGCGAGCUAUUGAUUCUUGUCUUGUACUGAAAAUUGAUACCAAUGUACUCAGAAUUGAUAAUAAUGUAUUGAAAGUUUA